AUGGAGUCCAACACUAUCCGCGACAAUGUCAGAAAAGCAUAUGACAGUAUGGCCGAACACUACCUCGAAUGGACCCAUGCUUCGCACGGCACCCGCCUUGGCUAUAUCCAACGCCUCCUCGACCUCCUCGAGUCGCAACACAAAGACCAAACACCGCCACAGCAAACGCUGCACGCCCUCGAACUCGGCUGCGGUGCCGGUGUCCCUGGCACCCAAUUUCUCAUCUCUAAGGGCAUAAGCGUCACCGCAAACGACAUCUCCAGUGCCCAGAUCUCGCUCGCCCGAACCCAUCUCCCCUCCUCCGUAACGCUCAUCGAAGGGGACAUGAUGGAUCUAGAAUUCCCGGCGGCCCAGUUCGAUUGCGUGAUUGCCCUGUACUCAAUCUUCCACUUACCACGGGAUGACCAGCGCACAAUGCUGCAGCGGAUACGCGGCUGGCUGAAGCCCGGAGGUCUGUUUCUAGGCAGUUUCGCGGCUGGAGAGUUGGAGGAGAAGGAGAAGGCUUGGUUGGGUGCUACGGAUGGGGUGAUGCAUUGGGCUGGUUGGGGAGUGGAACAGACCUGUGCGGUUUUCGGGGAGUUGGGCUGGGAGGUGCUGGUCAAGGAGGUGAAGACUGAGAUUGAGGAUGGUAAAGCUAUUCCGUUUCUGUGGGUGAUGGCGAGAUGA